GUAUACUGGAUGGUGACAAAUGCUAGGGAGAAAAAUAAAUCAGAGAAGGAGGAUAAAUGUUGGGGGCAGGCAGGUGGCAAUUUUAGGUAGGAGAGACAGAAGGCCUCACUGAGGCGGUAACAUUUGAGCAAAGACCUGAGGGAGGCAAAAGAGCAUGAGACAAGAGCAACGUUUAUUGCAAAUCCCUGAGGCAGGAACGUCUGGCAUGUUCUAGAAACAGCAAGGAGACUGGUGUGGCUGGAUUGAAGCAAAGUUUCAAUACAUUUGCUCAUGCUGUGCUUGCAGCCUGGAAUGCCCUUUGCCCUUUCUGACUAUAUGCAACAUGUAUUUCAAGGAUCACCUCCUCCUGGAAGCCUUCCUCUCACCCAAAGCUCUCUUAAUGCCCUACAUACAUCUCUGUCAUUGCCCUUACCACAUUGUGGUAUGAUGAUCUACAUUUGAUCCAUCUCCUCCAUUAGACAAGGAACUCUCUGAGGACAGGAUCUAAUUCAUUGGUAUCCUCAGAACCCAACACAUGGCCCUUAGACUGAGGCUCAGAGAUGAAAUGAUUUCCCCAAGGUCACACAGCCCAGAAGCAACAGAGCUGCAUUGAGACUCCGGUCCAUUGGAGGCAUCUUUCAGUGAGGGACCUGAGAAAUUCUUGUUGCUGUCACUUUGGUUAUCCCUGGCCCCAAAGAGUACCUCCUUCCACACAUCCCUCCAAUGAGGACAUUACCCCCUUCCGAAACAUACAUACACAUACAUCCACAAAGCUUGCUGAACAAAUGGCUGAAUGAGUGAACCAGAAAUGCAGCAAGCCAGUACAGUGCCCUGACCAUAUUUCUCUGUGUAGAUAUGCUCAGUGAACAGCUGCGCCUAGCCAUGGAUUUGCAGGCCACCCAGCUGGCCAAGCUGGAGGACUGCUGCCACAAGGCCAUAAUGUCUGCCAUGGCCAACGCCAACAAGGCCCAGGUAUGUAUGGCCAGAGCCAUCCAGUGCACCCGGCUCUCCCCAGUCCCCUGAACAAAGUCCUGGGGAACCUCAGCCACAUCUUUCCCCUCACACCUUCUUGAAUCAACACCAGCCCUCUCAUCUACCUGAGGAUUUCCUCCUUCACCCAAGGGCCCUCUUAGGGCAGACGGUCCCCUUCUCCACCUCCAGACUCAAGAUGACCUGAGAACAGAACACUGCCCUCCCUUCCCCAGCCUCUUAGUCUAAGGGCUUCCAGAGGGCAGGGGAGUUCCCUGCCCAUUUCACCCCUUCCCCCACCUUAAGUCACUCAAAGGCCAUGCAGUAUCUGUUCCUUCUCUCCCUGAGAUGGAGGAGAGUAGGGCCAUGUCUCCCCCUCCCCUGUGACUGAGAGUUCCCUGAGGUUGGGCAUCCAAAUGCUCACAUUCAGGGGCCCCACCAGGUAGCUAAGAUGGCUAAGCAGCAGCGCCGUGAGCAUCAGCACCAACAAGAGGACAACCUCAUGGAGAACCAAAACCAGAUCACAAGUGAAGUACUGACUGAGAACCCCCAGGUCGCCCAAAACCCUAUGGCUCCCCACAGGGUCCUGCCCUAUUGCUGGAAGGGCGUGAUUCUAGAGCAGAGAGCUGCCAUCAGGAAAGUACAGGAGGUGCAACACCAUGAAAAGGAGGCACAGCGCCAGACCGAACAAGCACUGGAUACCAAAUGGGAAAGCCAGCCCAUGUGCUUGGCCCAGGCAGCAAUGGAGCUAGAAGAGCAGGAGAGGGAGCUGUGUGCUGAAUUUCGGAGGGUACUAGGCUCCUUCAACCAGCAGCUGGCUAAGGAGCAAAAAGACCAGUGAGUUCUAGGGGGUGGCAGCAGGGAUGAAUGCCAAGGGAGGGUGGAGACGGAUGGCAAGGGCCAGGGAGAGAGGGAAGGCUCAUCACCUGAGGCCUCUGGAUUUCUAUCUGAAUUCAAUAAUCUACACCAAUCAACCUACAGCCCAAUAUCACUUGCAAUUCAACACCAGCAGCCGCUGAGCUCUGGAUGGUCAUCUCUCCCUCCUCCAUCAGUCAAGCUCACAGAGGCUGAGUCAAGAGAGGAAGAUGAUCCAUUUCCCAGUGGGAGAGCUGAGCCAGCACCCCCACCUUUGACCCUAGGUAAUAAAGUUAUUCACUAAAAUCAAGGCCACGUGUUGUAAUAGGACACAAAAGGUGUGAGGUACUGCCUUUCCCGCCCCACCCCUGGGCUCUGAGCAUGCAACCCUGUCAGAGUCUUCACCCAUUCACCUUUC